GGGAAAGUCCGAAAGUGACCUUGCAAGCAAGGUAAUCUCUUUGACGCAACAGGAGAUCCGACAACCACAAUCAAGGCCUUGGCAUGCCCCCUUCACGCUUUCCGGCAUAUGGGAAGGGGAAGGCGCAUGUUAACUCUCAUGGAAGAAAUGAAGCAUAUUUUUCCAUCCUUUCAUAUCAAUAUCCCCUGAAACUUUUAUCCCCCGUCAGCCACGCUGAGAUUCCGUUGGCCACGGCCUAUAUUCUUUCAUACGGUGGUGGUCUUGUGUCUGGAGAUAGAAUUGAGCUUAAUGUACAAGUCGGAAAGGGCUGCGCCCUGAUGCUCCUCACACAGGUCCGACUCAACUCAUUGUCUCGUCAUCUUACCCUUGCAUGCUGAAUACUUGGUUUAAUGGCGUUGCGAACAACCCAAAUUACACGUUCUGGAUGGUGGAUAUUCCUGGAAUUUGCAGGGGUCCACGAAAGUCUUCAAGACAAGGACCCAUAAACGUCAAGCAGAAUCUUCGUACAUCGACAGUAGUAGUGGCAACGAGCAAGCCGCAUCCCGGACUACACAG